AUGCUGCUAGGAAGCUCCAUUUCCAACACCAAGAAGUUUUUCCAAAAGACUCUACAGAACUUCAAGUCUUUCUUCUCUCCUGGUUACCAAAAGCUUCCCAAAAGACCUCCCCACAAUCACACCUCUUAUUCUGUGGCUGCGGCUAGUGUCAUGGAUAUGGACAAUGAUAACCCAAGUUAUCAGGACUUGGAGAAGUUCUACAGUGACUUCACCGAGCAAUGGGAUUCAGAAAAAGAGAAGGCUAGGAGAAAAAGCAAGAAGAAAGCAGUGUUAUCAUCUCCAGCAAAGCAAGAAAAGGAGGUGCAUAAUGAAAGCUUCGUUGGCUUGAACAAUGCAAUCCCUGCGCAGAAGAACAAUCAGAUGGAGAAAAGAGAGGAAUAUGACAACCAAAAGAACAAGAGCACCUUAACUCAUCAAAGGGGAAAACAGCAAGAUUCAUCAUUAACUUCUAUGUGUAUGAGGGAAAAUAGAAAUUGCAUGGUGGAAAAAAAGCUGAGAGAAUUGGAAAUGUUGGACAUGAGCAAUGUGGAUUAUAUACUGGACAUUGAAGAGGUUCUACAUUACUAUUCUCGACUCACUUGCCCUGCAUAUCUUGAAAUUAUGGAAAAAUUCUUCAUGGAAAUGUACUCAGAGUUCUUUGGAUGUCCUGCGAGGCCUGCUACACCUCGUACUCAUAGUAUUAACUCUAAGCUGAAGCUGAGAUCAAUGGGAUCUUAG